UAGAUAAUUAGUAGAUUUUAUAUUCACUGUGCAUAGUUCAGACGAUCUAUAAGCGGAUCGUUUAUAGAAAUUAUAAAAGAGGAUUUCGUACUAAAUUAUACGUUUAUUGUAGCUGUUGGUAGCAGUUAAAGCAAUUAUGUACAUGGCUGACGAAGACGGUACUUCUGUAAAAGAUGAUAAUAGUGAGUUGUUUUCUGUAAUAAAUGAAACCUCGUCAUCCAAGUGGGGAUCCAUUAUAUCGACUGUUGGUGACCAGUUACCACUAAUUGAUUCAGAUUCAGAGACAAGCUCCCUCACAGAUGAUGAAUUUGAACCAAAAGUUUUUACAAGAAAAUUUAAAUCAAGUGGAGCUGGAACUUCCAUAAAUUUUAAUAAAACACAAAAUAUGUUGGAAUCUAAUACAAAGUUUUUCCAUGAAAGAGCAGACGCUGAGGAUUUAAACUUUCUUGAAUUUGAAGAAGAAAUUAAUUUGGAUUCCACUGAUGCGGAACAACAAGAAUCUGUUUUAUCAUUAAAUGUGAUAACUAAUGUUGAUUUGGAUGAAAUACUUGAUGGUUUUCAAACAAAUAAACAAACUACAGACUUAUCAAGUUUACUUGUAUCAGAUGCCACCCCAGCAACCGGGGUUUCCCCCAUGUUGAUGAACCAACUUGUAAACCUUAGUUCCCUACAAGCGGGUAAAAGUCGGGGUUGUGGGACAGAUGAUGAUACUACUGUACAUGUGUCCACACAAGUAGCAAAACCAAGCACAUCUUCAUGCGGUGUGUCAGCGGAUUUACCUCUUACUCAAAUAGAACUUUCAUCAAGCAGCAGAACAACAAUUUAUAUCGAUCUUCGCCAUGAAGAAACUAACCAGUCGAUUCUAGAUUGUAAUCAGCCACAUCCUAAAGACGAAAACAUUUUACCUCAAACCAAAUUGUCAGAGGAAGUACCAGAACAAGCAUGCCCAAGGUUGGCGUGGGAAGACUCAGACACAGAAGAUGAUGAUGAUGAUUUUGAAAACUGGAGGAAAAUGAGAAAGCAAUUUAAAAAGUCAGUGACAAAAAGUUCUUCCCAUGCCAGCAAUGCAUCAGAUGCCCCUGUAAGGAAUGAAAAAACAUUAGAAAAUAUAAAACAGAUAGUUAAAUUGGAUUCAGGAAACAAACCUGCGAAACACAAACUUUUAAACGGGAAUGAUGUUUCUAUGAAUCACUCUGCGGAUAUUUUCGAGGAAGGAAAAAAAUUUGAAGAUUCUUGGACGAAAAUUGACGAUAUUUUGAAUAACCCUUUUAUUGAAGAUAAAACCACUAAGUUACGAAAAUUAGCUGCGGCAAAAGUACGCGCUGUUCGUGAGAAGAAGUUUCAUGAAGAAAAGUUAGUGAAUGGAAAUCACGAUUCACAUGAUGAUACUAGACUUAUGAAUGGUGAUGAUGCGUCACAUGAUUUGAAAGGAAUUUACGAACGACAGCGGCUUAAGCAUGAACAAGAUGAGUCAGCGAAAACACCAAUUGUUGACAUUGCGAUUCCUAACUCUGUGGUUCGUAAGAAAAGUAGCGGGAAAACAACGGUGCUGUUUGCUGAGGAACCAAAGAAAAAUAUCCGUGAUGAAAUGAACGUUUACCGCGAGAAAAAUAUCGCGUCUGCUAAAACUGAGACAAAAACAAAACGAACAACAUCCGGCAUUCAAACUGAUGAAACUUGUUUUGCAAGUGUGGAAAGCAUCAAGAGAGCAACCGAAGAAAAACUUCUUUCUUUGUCAACAAAAGAUUUGAAACUCGCAGCAAAAAAUGUUGUUGACGAAAAACUAAACCACGUGACACAACCAGAUGGAAAAACACAGAAGAGUUGGAAUCAUUCAACUCGUGAUAAUUUUUCUAUUGUACAAAAUCAACGAAAACAGCCACCUUCUGCAACUCCUGCUUCACCUUCCAACAAACCAUCAGCAACCACAAACACAGUAACAUGGGGGGAAAGGUUGAAGGUUCAAACCUCACUGGAGAAAGCUUUCAGAAAUGAAAUUGAUGAAAAUGAAAUGAAGAAAUUUCCUCUUUUAUACGACAGGGACAUGACAUUUCAAGAUGAACUACCCACUAUACCACCCAGCAUAAACUCCAAGGAAGUCAACAAGUUUGUGUUGCUUACUUUCCAAAUGUCGAGCCCUGGUUGUCUUGUAAUGCAUCGAGCUUCUGGUGGAAACAGAUUUAUAUCAAUUGACCAACCACACAGUUUGUCAAUAACUCACUCACUCAUCUUGUCAUGGCUGUUUGCACUGAUACCAGACAACUUGGACAAACCAUACGACCCACCACGAGAAGAUGUGUUUACUAUUGAACCUGAUCCAGAGGAAUAUGAUCCAAUUUUAUCAGAGUCUAAUGAAGAAGCCUCCCCACCAAACCUAGUUGAGGUUCCUUUCAAUGUUGUUUCCUUACACCAAGUAUGGCAGGAGGAAUCGCAAACCAUCGCCACACAUGCAGUUGUUAUUCCAAACUUCUUUUAUAAACCAGAUAGUAGAAGGAAAAAGCCAAAGAAAGAGAAUGCCUUCCUACAAGUGGUUUGGCAUUUCUUACAAUCGAAUCGAGUACAAGAGGUUUGUCCAUGGCACACACGACCAGAGUCACCAUUAUUAUACACAUUACAAGAAACUCAUUUAUCUUGUGCUACCAAACCCAUGUCAACUUAUAUCACUGCUUCAAAUGAACCGCAGUUGAUACAAAAAGCUCUGAAUAGAAAACCUGGAUUCUUUUGGAAGUUGAUUAAACCUGAUGAACAAAAUAACCUGGGACCAACUUGUGAUAAGGAUAUACCUUUAGAAAGCACAUUUUGUCUUUUACAACGUGAAGCUCUGACCUACCCUGUGUGUAUAAUGGAUCUCAUGAUCAGGUUGCAAUUAUCGUGCCUCGACCUUGUUGGUGUGAGGCUUGUGUAUGUAAAGAAAGAGUUUAUUCAACAAAGUACAUUGUCUCACCGUAGUUGUGGAGAUUCAAAUGAAAUAGUUCCUGCUGUUGCCAUGGCAAUACGUGGCAAGUCAGCCAUAAAAAAGAUGAUUGACAUCAUUGGUCCGCGAGACCCUGUGUUGGCAAGACUAACAGACCAAGGUUCAAUGAAUGCAAUAUAUGGUGAACAAUUAUCAAAGAGAAGAGGGGAUAUAGAUGUCCCAACUGAAAUGUAUGUUUUCCACUGCCCACGUGGUAAGGAACGGGUACAACAACAACUUGUUGUUUGGUUUGGUGGAAGGUUGAACGCACAAGAUCCUUUUAUUAAUUCAACACCAACUAUCAACCAUGAACAACAGUUUACCUUCGCAAAACAAAGCAAUGGGAAGUCGAACGGGAAAAAUAAAGGAAAGAGCCGAAGUAAUUCAACAUCCAGUCCGAUAAGAAAUAUAUCAACAAGUUGUCCAACCCACCCCUCACAUAGUUACUUAGUGACGAGCUUACCCACAAAGAUAUGCGUCAUCGUAUCGGCACGAUUCCCUCCUCAGUUCCUUGGAGAUGUUAUAAGCAUCGCAACUGAACAGGGUUACUGGUUAGAAGGAUUGAAACGAAUUCCGUUGAAUGAAAAAAAGACGUCGUCACUUUCAAUACAAACAAGGUAUUUACAUUACUUCAACCCACCACCAAACCCUGACCUUACAUUAGAUGAAGAAUAUUAUGAACUUGACAGUUGGUGGUUACGUCCUGUCAGUGUCUUCAUGUUUGCAAGAGAGAAUGCAGGGGCUCAUCUGGCUGGGUUAAUAUGCAGUAUGCAGUCAGAGUUGAUGUACCGAAUGGUUCCACCCAAUGAAGACGGCCACCUACGUAAUGCAACUUCACAAUGCUUUCACGCAUGUGUGUGUACUGAUACCGUGCUACAUGCUCUUGGUAACAUGGCCAAGACACCAGAGCUUGAGCUAAGCACUGGCAACUCCCCACGUGUAUUUUACUCCAACCCUGAACUAGAGGAAGUUGUUGUAUUGUCUUUGGUGGGAAGACCAAUCAUGAAACAAUCUGGUUGCAUUUUACAAAGACUAUUACAUGGCGAAUUUUAUCUUGGCGGUGAAACUGCUGAGUCAGCAUAUUUUGAACGGUCGGAUGAAUGUGAAAUCCUAAAUGAAUUUCAUGGAUUUGAAAUUCUUGGAAUUAAAUUCAUUCCUUCACUUUCUUCACAACAUUCCAAGGAAUUGUCACCAUUUGAAGUCGGAACAAAGUUUUGGGGUGAAACUAUAAGAAAGAUCCAACAUUCGCCUGCAUUAGUUUGUGUAUUAAGGAGAGUGAACGCUUUUAAAGUGUUGCGUGAAGUAUUACAGAAUACUAUCGACAAACCAAGUAAAGAAAACAUUCAUGAUACGAGCAAACUCAUGUCUUCAACUACUGAGAUUGCUUAUCGACAGAUAAAAACGUUUUUCUCGGACAAAGAAUUAUUUUCGGACAACCGAUGUCGCCCGUUGCUUAAGUACCUCCCUCCCCCAACGAGGAUUGCGCAAUACCUCAUCGCAAACUGCAUUCGUAGUGAUGGGGAGGAGGGGGGUGGUGAUGUCACUAAUCCUGUGGUGGGACAAAACGGAUCAAGCAAGUCUUCAAAGAAGAAGAAGAAAAAUGGAAAAUCAAAGGACAACGCUUCAAUGUCUUUCCCGGCAGAAGAAUCAAUUAUUGAUUCCAUGUUAGCAUGGCCACAACCCCUCACCACUAUACUUAUCAUUAAACCAGAUGCUUUUCCAAGACAUUUAAUCAAAAUAUUUCGUCGAAUUCACCACGAAGGGUUCAACGUGGUUGCUGCUAAAAUGACGCUCAUGUCUGAGGACCAGGCUUUACAAAUCGUUCCUAGAAAAUUUGAAAAGAUGCCUGGCGAACGCAAUGUUUUCAUCAGUAACAUGAUAUCUUCCCCCACACUAGUGUUGUGUUUAUCUCGUCAUAACGCAGUUCGUAAACUUCUUGAUAUCGCUGGUCCCCAAGACCCCCUACAGGCUCGGAAGGUUGGUCACAUGGUGGGGCACUCAACAAAGACUUUAAGAGCUGAACUCGGAAUUGAUGAAUUUUCCAACGCAGUCCAUGUAUCUGAGACAUACAUAUCAGCUUGUGAGGAACAGAAGUUAUUCUUCCAUGAGGGUUUGUGCUGCAACGAAACUGUUGAGUUGAAAAUGGAACAAGUCCCCACUCCAGCUGAGGACUACAUUAUGUGUUGUGAUAAAAUGCUGGGAAGAGAAAUCAAAUUAGAAAAAGAAAGUCGUGGACUUAGUGGGAUGGAAUUGCAACCGAUAUGUGUUGUGCUUACUUCGAAGCUGGUGUUGCCACAUAACACUAAGCAACACAGGGCAGGGGAAGUGUGCACACCAUCAUAUGUUGAUGUGCUGGAAAAGUUGAUCACAGAAGGAUAUGAAUUGAGUUGUUUACGAAUGUCGUGGCUUCGCGACAAACAAGCACAAGUUGUUUGCGAUAAAAUGACCGGGAAGUUCGCAACUAACAAGCAAGAGAUUAUUGAAUAUUUAACAAGUGGUCCAAACAUUGUAAUGUUGCUACAGAGAGAGAACGGACUUUUAUUAUUUGAUUCAAUCAUUGGAGGUGUGACUCGUCAAAAGAAGGAUUUUGAUGAGUCAUGUUACAUUCUGCGCACGCAAACAAUAUCACAAACCCACGACAUUUGCAAAUAUCUUUUCCACCGAGUUGAAAACCCCAGAUCUGUUGUUCAAAUUGUCCACAAACGUGCAACUGAAUGGAGAAAUUGACAAUUCUUAUCUAAGUUCUAUAUACAUCCUACUUGCUUCGAUGUUGGGGUAAUAUGCGGCAUUUUAACCAACAUUUGGUUCCGAACAGGUUUUCCUUAACUUUAAACGUCACACUUUUUAAUUUUCACUCAACACAUGC